AUUUGAUAUUGCUUUUCCCCCAGCAAUUCCAAUUUCUUGAUUAUCAUGCUGUAUACGGAUACCCAGAAGACCAAUGUGGUCGAAAGACCCGACAAUUAUGACUUUGAAGUCGGGGGUGAGUCUCUGGAUCACCAGCUACGUCCUUUCCAGAUAUUUACUGAUUCCACCAGACAAGAAAGAUCCUGUUUAUUGUUUUUGAAUACCCCGGUGCAAUCAAUGGACUUGAAGGUGUUCUGGUCCCGUACUCAAUUACAUAUCUGUGCCGACGGCGCAGCCAAUCAUCUCUACGAGUAUUUCAAUUCCCACCCAGAAGAUCGGUCUCGUUACGUCCCCGAUUUGAUCAUAGGAGAUUUUGAUUCAUUAAAGCCAGAAGUUGCAAAAUACUAUUCAGGUUUAGGUACGACUGUCAUCAAGCAAGAAACCCAGUGGUCUACUGACUUCACCAAAUCUGCGUACGCCACUAUACUAUACUUUGCUGGUCCCGAGCUUAGAGCCAAACUACUCAAAGGCGAUGUAGAUGGAUAUGACGGGUUGGGUGAGUUGGCACACCAGCUCCUUGAAACCCCGGGCUUGAGCGAUAUACGAAUCUACGCAUUGGGGGGAAUCGGUGGCAGAUUCGACCAGACAAUCAGCUCAGUGGCUCAACUUUAUAAAUUGAAAAACACAUUCAACCAUUUACAUACCUUCUUCAUAAGUGACUCAGAUAUCAUCUUCCUCCUUCGCAAGGGUAAGACCCUCAUCCAAUACGCCAACAAGCAAAGCUUCAACGUAUCUGAUACAGCACCUAAAUGUGGACUAUUACCAUUUGGACGUGAAACCAUAUUGAGUUCCCAGGGAUUGAAAUACGACAUGACAAAUUGGAAAUCCAGCAUCCAAGGCAACAUGAGUACAAGCAACGGUGUGGCCGGGACAAAAGGCUUCAGCGUGCAAACCAGUGAUGACAUUGUAAUGACUAUUGAAGUUAGCUUCAAAUAGAAUAUCUUUUUAGCAGUUAUAGAUUAUAUGGAUUAUGUAACAUUUGGA